AGGGCGGGCGAGUUCAGGUGAGCAGUUGCUCGUCGGGGCGGCCGGCGGCGGCGGCUCCGGGGCCCAGCAUGCGCGCGGGGCCCCGCAGCCAUCAUGUAUGUAGGCUAUGUACUGGACAAAGAUUCUCCCGUGUACCCCGGCCCCGCCAGGCCCGCGGGUCUUGGCUUGGGCCCGCAAGCCUACGGUCCUCCGCCGCCGCCCUCCGCGCCUCCGCAGUACCCCGACUUCACCAGCUACACUCACGUGGAGCCGGGUCCCGCGCCCCCUACGGCUUGGAGCGCGCCCUUUCCUGCGCCUAAGGAUGAGUGGGCCUCCGCCUAUGGCCCGGGCCCCGCGGUCAGCCCAGCCCCGUUAGCAUUCGGGCCCCCUCCGGACUUUAGCUCGGUACCUGCGCCACCGGGGCCCGGCCCGAGCCUCCUGGCACAGCCCCUCGGUGGCCCGGGCGCACCGUCCUCGCCUGGAGCGCAAAGGCGGACGCCUUUCGAGUGGAUGCGGCGCAACGUGGCGGCAGGAGGCGGCGGUGGCAGCGGUAAGACCCGGACCAAGGACAAGUACCGUGUGGUUUACACGGACCAUCAGCGCCUGGAGCUGGAGAAGGAGUUCCAUUACAGCCGUUACAUCACCAUCCGGCGGAAGUCAGAGCUGGCUGCCAAUCUGGGGCUCACUGAGCGGCAGGUGAAAAUCUGGUUCCAAAACCGUCGAGCAAAGGAGCGCAAAGUAAACAAGAAGAAGCAGCAGCAGCAGCAGCAGCAGCAGGCCCCCCAGUCACUACCACCAGCCCUUGAAGUGACCCCUACCCCAGCUGGGCCGCCCCUGGGGACCCUGUGCUCCAGCUCCCCUGGCCUCCUGGGAGCCUCCUCCCCAAUGACCGUCAAGGAGGAGUAUUUGCCCUAG